UUCUCGUGCGGUGUCUGUCAAUCACGGUGACACUGAAGCAGUACCGGACCGGUCGGUGCGGAUUUCUAUUCUCCUCAUCGGCACGCGCCACAAAUUGGCCCCUCGAUUCCGACAAGCCGGAGGAGGGGACCUUUUGCUCCGCCACCGUGGGUUCCUGUGUGUCGGCGUGAAGAGCCUUGGGUAUCCCUUCGGACUUUCCGCGGCUCUCGGUGCAGGUGGUGUCCAAAUUGGGAGCAGCGGGCCAGCCGGGGCUCCAUGAGUGCGACGGGGCAGCAGCAUGGGGGGGCGCUGCGCUCCCGCCGGGCGCUCGUCCGGGACCGGGAGCCCGGCCCGGGCGCCGGCGUGGAGGCGAGCUGCUGGCUGGCGCCCGGAGUGCUGCGCAGGUUCCUUGAGCUGCCUUCGCCCCCCCUCUCCAGGCAUCAGCUCAAAAGGCUGGAGGAGCACAGGUACAGCAGUGCCGGCUGCUCGCUGCUGGAGCCUCUGAUGCAGCGCUACUGGGAGUGGCUGGUGGGCCGCGUGCCUGCCUGGAUCGCGCCCAACCUCAUCACCAUUGUCGGCCUGGCCACCAACAUUGUCACCACCCUGGUGCUGGUCUACUACUGCCCCACCGCCACCGAGCAGGCGCCGCUGUGGGCGUACCUGAUGUGCGCAGUGGGGCUCUUCGUGUACCAGUCGCUGGACGCCAUCGACGGGAAGCAGGCCAGGCGCACUAACAGCAGCUCGCCUUUGGGGGAGCUCUUUGACCACGGCUGUGACUCCCUCUCCACCGUAUUUGUGGUGUUGGGAACGAGCAUCGCAGUGCAACUGGGCACCAACCCCGACUGGAUGUUUUUCUGCUGCUUCGCCGGCAUGUUUAUGUUCUACUGCGCCCACUGGCAGACCUACGUGUCGGGAACGCUGAGAUUCGGCAUCAUCGACGUGACCGAAGCGCAGCUCUUCAUCAUGAGCAUGUACCUGCUGGCAGCUCUCGGAGGCUCCGCCUUCUGGCAGGCGCUGAUUCCCGUUGUUAACGUCCAGGUGAAAAUGGUUCCUGCCCUUUUCACCUUUCUCGGAGCAAUCUUCUCCUGUAGCAACUACUUCCGAGUCAUCUUCACCGGAGGCGUCGGCAAGAACGGCUCCACCAUCGCGGGAACCAGCGUGCUGUCGCCGGUGCUGCACAUCGGUUCCGUCAUCGUUCUGGCCGUCAUGAUUUACAAGAAGUCGGCCGUGCAGCUCUUCGAGAAACACCCCUGUCUUUACAUCCUGGCCUUUGGCUUCGUCUCCGCCAAAAUCACCAAUAAAUUAGUCGUAGCGCACAUGACGAAAAGCGAGAUGCACCUGCACGACUUGGCCUUCCUGGGACCAGGCCUCCUCUUCCUCAAUCAGUAUUUCAACAGUUUUAUCGACGAGUACCUGGUGCUGUGGAUUGCGCUGGUUCUGUCCUUGUUGGAUCUGCUGCGCUACUGCGUGAGCGUGUGCAACCAGAUCGCCGGCCACCUUCACAUCUUUGUCUUCAAGAUCGCACCUUGCUCGCUGCGCUGAUUGCGCCGAGUCCCUAACCGUCCGCCCGUCCGUCCGCCCGCCUCCUCAGUUGGCUUGUCAAAAGUCGCCGCUUGAGCUGAGCCAACGGCAGGAGCCGUCGCGUCACAGUCGCCAUACUCGAUCGACCGUUACUUCCCGUCAGUGUUUGUUUGAAGACUUCAGGUGCUACCCGAACACACACACACACACACACACACACACACAGAGAAAGGAAGAAAGCAAGCAAGCAACACGUUUCGGUUCACCCGCACAUCUUUUUUUUUCGUUGCUUCUUGUAAAUAGGUGCCUUUUGAUUGGCUUGCCUCCUUAUUACUGCAACUUUAUUUUUGUAUUUUACUUUACACACAAUGUGUCAUGUCUAAAGUUGCAAAUAACCAUCUAUUAGCUGUACAUUUUGGGAGGUUAAACUGGGUUCUUUUAUUUAUUGUCGACGUGCGUGCGUGUGUGUGUGUGUGUGUGUGUGUGCGUGUGUGUGCGUGUGUGUGUGUGAAGUUUUUGUUUGUGCCAAAAUUAAAUAAAUACAACAUCUAUUGAAUCAAACUAAGUAUUAAUGAAUGGAAAUGUAAAAAUAACUCAAAUGCUAAUUGUAAUCUUAUCUAACGACUGAUAUGAUCGAUUGUAUGCCCUUUUUUUCUCAUUAAUGUAAUGGAAUUCUUUAUCUCGUGAGUGACAUUUUUAUGUACUUAUGACAUUAUUGAUGAUUUAAUGGAAUUAAAAAUGACAAAAGAAAUAGAAA